UACAGAAGCCUAAUAUUACUUUCUCCAGUUUAAAUUCACGGCUGAUCUGAUUCCAGAUUUGUGUCGACGUAAACUUGUUUUAAAAUGUAGGCUAUUCAAAAUAUACUGAUAUCACAAUUAUAGCCUAAGUAAUACGAUGUUAACUGAAAUAUAUGCUAUAUACAGCGCAGCAGUUUGAUUUACUGUGGUUUCGCUUUUAAAUGUAGCAGCAUUUCAUGUUGCCUAUUGGAUGCUUCUCAUAAUCGCUUUCAGCUAUUACGUCCCUUCUAUAAUCAAACCAGCAGUGGAGGGAGUCACAUUGUUCGCUGUUGGAUUGAAGUCCGAUUCUGUGCCACCCCCAGAUACAACGCGCUGCCUCAGGUCAGGUGUACUGAUUAGUUAAAUUAUUCGCGUGAAAAGUGAAAAGCAACGGUGGGAUGCUACAAGCAAGAAUGAAGGUACGCUGUUGAAUCAUUUAAGACAACGAGACAGAGAAGUAACCGCACAACCGCGUCGCUUGUUUUCGGAACUAUCAAGACAAGCCUCGGAAGAUAUUAGCACGCCUGCUUUCGGAUAUUCUGUCGGAGUUCCAUUGUCUGUGCUUGUUUCAAGGAUGCCAAUGUAGUUAGGCCAAUGUAUUUCACAGAGAGAAAAACAUUUAUAUCGCAUAAUACAUUGACAAGGUAAACUGCAGAAAGGGUAGUCUAUCCACAGUUUAGCUAACACAAUAGCUGUAACAGUCUACUGCACAUCAAAUACGCUACUUGUUUUCACACACACACACACACAAAUCUACGCUUGUUGUACAAUAAAGAUACACGAACAUAGAUACGUUUUAAAUGUUAGUGAAAAUUACUUUGGGUGUCGGAUGUGACAAAAACACUGUUGCAGAUGUUUUGGAUGUCAAGAGUUUCUGUGGAUUCUUAGAGCUAACGAAUUGGACAGAAACGUGUAAACCCGAGGACAAAUCAUAUUUCCAAUGUUUCGACAUAUAACAUUGCCUAUAUUUGGAAUGACAUACUUUGUAUUUAGUUGUGCCGGUUUUAUAUUUUAACUCACAUCCAUAGAACGAAAACGGCUUCCUAUAUGUACGCAGACGAAUUAAUAAAAUAGUAAGCUACCACACCGAUAUUUGGGUUUGAAUUAUAAUUUUAGGCACAAAUUCACCUGUUUGCUGUCAACUGAGAUUUCUUUCUUGAUUUUUCCUCUUAAUGCCUCAUACUUUAAAACGGUGCACGGAUCCCUGCGGAUCUGAUAGGGGAGCCGCUGUUUUCGUUAAGUUGAUGAAACCGGAAAAAUAUUGCCCAAAAAUGUAACUGCCUACGAUGAAUGAGGGUCUUCUGGCAAACCUGAGGCAAUGUGGAGACACCUUCGUCCUUGCCCACCCGUUACUCCAUAAUGGCUUGCCGGAGUGGGUGCUGCUGCGGUUUCGGUCCAGUGAAUGAGGAUAAUGCGAGAUUUCUGAUGCUGGCGCUGUUCAUAAUUAUCUACCUCCUGUGUGGGGCUGCCGUUUUCUCGGCGCUCGAACACCCGAAGGAGAAACAGGCGAAGGACAGGUGGGCGCAAAGGUUCGAACAUUUCACCCACAGGCACAACCUCAGCAAAAAAGAGCUGGAGAACUUCCUGAGGCAUUAUGAGGAGGCGAACGUAGCCGGGAUCCGCGUGGACACUACCAGACCUCGUUGGGAUUUCACCGGCGCUUUUUAUUUCGUGGGAACAGUGGUUUCAACUAUAGGUUUCGGUAUGACAACCCCUGCCACGGUGGGAGGAAAGAUCUUCCUCAUCUUCUACGGGCUCAUCGGCUGUGCGGCCACCAUCCUCUUCUUCAACCUGUUCCUGGAGCGUCUGAUCACCGUCCUGGCCUUCGUGCUGAAGUCCUGUCACGAGCGGCAGCGGCGGCGCCGCGGGGUGCUGCCCCACAGUUUGGGGACGGGGGCCGGGCCGGGCCUGGCCGGCUGGAAGCCCUCCGUGUACUACGUGAUGCUGAUCCUGGGUCUGGGCGCGGUGCUGGUUUCAUGCGGGGCCUCGGCCAUGUACUCAUCGGUGGAAGGGUGGAGCUACGCCGACUCCCUCUACUUCUGCUUCGUGGCUUUCAGCACCAUCGGCUUCGGGGACCUGGUGAGCGGGCAGAGGGAACGGUACGAAAGCCAGGGCCUGUACCUGCUCGGCAACUUCCUGUGCAUCCUGACGGGCGUGUGCUGCAUCUACUCCCUCUUCAACGUCAUCUCCAUCGUCAUCAAGCAGGUGCUGAACUGGAUCCUAGCUCGGAUGGCGCAUCCCUGCUGCUGCCCGCGGCGGCCCGCCGGGGGCACCGUCCGGCACCGUCGCAACGUGGUGAUGCCGGGGCACUUCCGCACCCGCCGCGACGCCUCCAUCGACACGGACGCCAUCAACGAGAGCGAGACAGAUGGCCGCCGGGUCUCAGGGGAGAUGAUCUCCAUGAAGGACUUCUUGGCUGCCAACAAGGUGAACUUGGCCAUAAUGCAGAAGCAGCUGUCGGAGACAGCCAAUGGGCACCCCCGCCCAUCAGGGUCUAACACCCGACACAAUGGCUUCUCCGGGGGUGUGGGUGCACUGGGAAUAAUGAACAAUAGGCUGGCUGAGACCAGCGUGGACAGAUGAGGCGUACAGGCUGUCUGGACUGUGGUCAAAACCUAGACAUCAAAUAGAUUAUAUUAGAAUUAUAGUUCACUCCUGCACUUCCACCUUUUGACUGCAUUGUAUUGUGUACACAGAGCCACUGGAAUGAAUAAGGACAGAUAGGCAAAAUGCACUCUCGGAAUGUAACAAUAAGGAAUAGAAUUUUCAGUGGGAAGGCACUGAAGUGAAUCAUAUCAAACUUUAUAGUACCUUAGUGACAUCAAAGCUCUCCAGGUUGUACCCUCAGUCACCAAAGCACAGGUGAUAGAGACACCCCAUUUCUCAAAGCAUGGUACUACACUUUAUCCUAUGAGGAUUUUGAAUACGGAAAUCCUUCAGGAGUGGUGAGCUGAUAGCUUCACUUUCCACAGUAGUGGAGAAUCACCCAAAGAUAAUUUUUGUAGAUGUUUUUUAACACUUUGUUUCCUCCCAUUAAAGCUUUGUUGCCCAACACUCAAAGGCUCAAAGCAUACAGAAAAGGCACACCAGGGGUCUGUUCCAGAAAGCAGGACUGGCAAGUUAUCCAGAUCUAUUAGGUCGAAAUGUAGGGAAAUCCUGAAUUAUCGGUUCCAAAUAUGAGGAUCAGAGAAAGCCUGUGUCAGUUACUAUGGUGACUUAUGCAGAUUAUUUUCUUAUCUGAAAAUAAUUUGCCGACAAGGGGGAUAACUUAAACUGAACCUGGCCUACCCUGCAGUGUUUAGUGUGAUUAGUUAGGCAGACUCAUCACUUAGCAGGUGAAUAUUAUCUGACCAUGCCUUGUCAAAAUAUCUUAUAAAAAAUGGUGAGACUGGCAGUAAUAUUGCCAGGGAAAAACUGUACUGCCAGUGGAAAAACUUAAUGAAAUCCUAAUAUUUCAACUUUGGCCUGUUGCCAUUAUUCUACUUUACAUGAUAUAAUAUAAUAUAACAUAACACAAUGAUGAGAACAGGUCAAUGCUUUCCAUUUUCCUCACUAAAUUGUGCCUAGUGCUCUGAUUACCUAGUUUCUGACACCGUAUCAAGCCUGGUGUUGAAAAUCCCAAGAGUUUCUGCCUCUAUGUGACCUGGCAGGCUGUUCCACACAUUGACUACUCUCUGCAUGAAAAAAAUUCUUCCUAAUGUCUGUGUGGAAUUCUCCUUUUGUUUAUUACCUUUUAUGUCCCCACGUUCUACUAACAGAGCUCAACCUGAAGAAUCUCUUGUAGUUUACACUGUUGAUCCCCAUUAUGAAUUUAAAAGCCUGAUUUAAAAUCAAUUUGGUUGCUCUUCUUUG